AUGGCUUCUUUCAUCCUAUACUCCAUACUUGCCACCCUCUUCGUCUACUUCCUCUUCAAACUCCGCUCCUUCGGCCGCCGUCUUCCGCCAGGUCCAAAACCAUGGCCCAUUGUGGGGAACUUACCGCAUUUGGGCCCAAAGCCUCACCAAUCUUUAGCAGCGUUGGCUAGGUCCUAUGGACCUCUCAUGCACCUCCGGAUGGGAUUUGUAGACGUCGUCGUGGCGGCUUCCGCGGCGGUUGCAACACAGUUCUUGAAAGUUCAUGAUGCCAACUUCUCUAGCCGGCCACCGAAUUGUGGUGCUAAAUACGUGGCUUAUAAUUACCAGGAUCUUGUGUUUGCACCGUAUGGUCCAAGGUGGCGAAUGCUUAGGAAGAUUAGUUCCGUCCACCUCUUCUCCGGCAAGGCGUUGGACGAUUUCAGACAUAUUAGACAGCAAGAAGUCUCGGUUCUCACGCGUGCAUUGGCGAGUGCGGGUCCAACACCGGUUAACUUAGGGCAAUUGCUGAACGUGUGCACUGCAAACGCCCUCGGGAGAGUGAUGAUAGGGAGAAGAGUGUUUGGUGAUGGUACCGGCGGCGGCGAUAGAAAAGCGGACGAAUUUAAGUCGAUGGUGGUGGAGCUGAUGGUGUUGGCCGGAGUUUUCAAUAUUGGGGACUUUGUCCCUGCUUUGGAGUGGCUAGACUUACAGGGGGUAGCAGCUAAAAUGAAGAAGCUCCAUGAGAGAUUUGAUGCUUUCUUGACUGAGAUUGUGGAGGAGAUUAAAUCUAACGGUUCUGAUGAAUGUGGAAAAAACAAGACCAUGUUUAGUACGUUGAUUUCAUUGAAGGAGAAUGCUGACGAUGAGGGAGAGAAGCUCACAGACACUGAAAUCAAAGCUUUACUUUUGAACAUGUUCACUGCAGGCACUGAUACAUCUUCAAGCACAGUAGAAUGGGCCAUUGCAGAGCUCAUUAGGCACCCAAAUAUAUUGGCCCAAGUCCGACAAGAGCUCGACAUGGUCGUGGGUCAAGACCGUCUCGUAACUGAGUUGGACUUGCCCCAAUUAACUUACCUCCAAGCCGUCGUCAAGGAAACCUUCCGGCUCCACCCAUCAACACCACUAUCACUUCCACGGAUUGCGGCGGAGAGUUGUGAAAUAAAUGGCUACCAUAUUCCAAAAGGCUCAACUCUUUUGGUCAAUGUAUGGGCUAUAGCUCGUGAUCCGGAAGAAUGGGUUGAACCGUUAGUGUUUCGGCCUGAAAGAUUUUUAGCAGGAGGAGAAAAGGCAAAUGUUGAUGUGAGAGGAAAUGAUUUUGAGCUUAUACCAUUUGGGGCAGGGCGGAGGAUAUGUGCAGGUAUGAGCUUAGGAUUAAGGAUGGUUCAACUAUUGACAGCCACUCUGGUCCAUGCUUUUGAGUGGGAGUUGGCUGAUGGGUUACUGCCCGAGAAAUUGAACAUGGAAGAGGCUUAUGGACUGACCUUACAACGGGCUGUGCCCUUAAUGGUGCAUCCAAAGCCAAGGCUAUUCCUAGAUGCUUAUGGUGCAUCUAAUUGAGGGUCAUAAUAAACCUACUUCUUUACGCACUCACUGCUGAAUUAUGCCUUUAGUUAUUCCAAUGAUGAGUGUUAUUUAAGUAGUAAUAAUAAGUUUAAUGCCAAGGUGAUGUAUAUAUGACUCGAAUAAAAUUUCUAAUGUUUGAUUUUCUCUUUUUUAAUGCUAGGAAAUAUAUAUUCAUGUUAUGCAAGU